CCGGGUUAAAGUGUCGUCUGUUAAACUUCUGUCGUCUGCGGUCGAAGAAGCAGCCAUGUUUAAAGUAGCGAUAUUGUUGGGUUUUGCUGCGGUUUGUUGGGCUCAAGUUCCGACUCCAUGUGAUUCGCCAAAGCAAUGGGAAGGGCGCAGAGUGAUGACAGACCAGAGUAAAUCAUUCCAAGAGAUUGCGAAGUAUAGCUAUGACGCCGAAAACCUGAGAACGAGGGCGAUCGAGGAACGUGAGGUCGGCAGGGAACGUGAUUACUAUGACGUGCUUCACCUUUACAAAGAGAACAAGGAAUACAGACUGAAUUUGAAGACAAGAAAGUGCAACGUUUCUACACCCCGACAUCCUUUCUUCGAGACCCGUGUACCUCCAGGUUCCAAAUUCCUAUUUGAGGCAGAGGCCGGAGUUGCUCAAGUGCCAGGAGAACACCUUACUGUACAAAACUGGGAUAUCACAUUUGACGAUGGAGCAAAAUACGCCAUUGCUGUGACGUCACCAGACUGUGUACCAAUAUUUGCAGCAUACUACAGCAAAGAAGUGGGCUUCUUGAUAGAAAAUUUCUUCGACAUUCAUGCAGGCAUUUCAGACCCAAGCGUAUUCAUCCCUCCACAAGAAUGCAUGGGCUUGCCAUGCACAUUAAAUGGAAGUAGUGCGGCAACAUACAAUACAAAAGGUACAUUCUGUUCUGUUCUGUCCUGUUAUCUCGAUCGCGGAACAUCUAUAAUAACGGAGGGACAGAAGAUAACUGCGUCAUUCGGUCCUGGACUACAAUUUAGGAUGAAACUAUUCGUCUGCUUAGCUCUGAUUGUCGUCUGCUCCGCGCAGGUGCCUCAGCGUUGUGAGUCGCCCAAACAAUGGACGGGGAGACGUGUGCGGUCAGACCGAUAUCAGAAGUUCUUUGAAAUCGCCUCUCACACCUAUGACGAAGUGAACAUGCGCACAAGAAGUAUCGAAGAGAUUCAGCAGGGCAUAGAGAAAGAUUACUAUGACGUCAUUCACCUACAUGCUCUCGGAACAGAGUAUAGACUGAACCUUAGAACCAAACAGUGUAAUGUGACCAAAAUGACCAGGCCUUUCCGACCAAUUGGCGUCCCCCUGGACGCACGUUUCCUUUACGAGGCUGAGUUCGGCGCUGCUCAGAUACCUUCAGAGCAUAUUACAACUUUAUUUUUUGACGGCAAAUCUCAAGAUGGAGCACAAUAUUAUGUUCAAGUGACUACACCAGACUGUGUUCCAAUCAAUUUUGAUGUGCGCAGUAACUCGACAGAUGAACACUUUCAUGAAACAUAUUAUGACGUAAGAAUUGGUAUCAGUGAUCCGACAGUUUUUAUUCCUCCACAGGAAUGCAACAAGCACCAUGUAUAGAACUGAAGAAUUACAUUAAAUAAAUAAAACUGAUUAGCGAAACUA